GCCGCCGGUAUAAAUAGCGGUCUGCGACGGAGCACGCCAUCCUCUGCGCAGACCCGGGCAGCAGACCACCACCAACGACUCCUCCUCCACCAGCGACAGUCAGCAUGCUGUUCUCUCAGAUCGUCGCCGUGUCUCUGGUCUGCCUGACGGCAGCGGCACCUCAGUUCCGCCAGGCACCAGGCGCACCAAACGAGCCCAUCCCCAUACUGAGCCAGGAGCAGGAGGUCAACUUCGAUGGCUCCUACAAAUACAGUUUCGAGACGGGCAAUGGCAUCGUCCAGGAGGAGCAGGGCUUCCUGAAGAACGCCGGCAACCCUGAGGCUGAAGCGCAGGUGGCGCAGGGGUCCGCGUCGUACACGUCGCCGGAGGGCGUGCAGAUCCGGCUGGUGUACACGGCCGACGAGAACGGCUUCGUACCGCAGGGCGAGCACCUGCCCACGCCGCCUCCCAUCCCUCCGGCGAUCCAGCGCGCCCUCGAGUACCUCGCCACCCUCCCGCCUCAGCCCGACGAGCAGGGAGGGCAGCCACAGCCAGGAGUCUUCCGUGCCCCCGCGCGCCGAUUCUAGGUCCAACCCCAAUCCAGUCCCACCCCUCCGAAAUAUCGUGCGAGGCCGCGGUCUCCUACAGGCGAUCAUCCCUGUGCGGUGAUCGGGGAUUCAUUUAACUGACCAAUCAAACCACAGCAGUCGUAGUGGCGAACCGAAACUGAAUGUCAGACCUGGGACUUUAAACUGAAAUAGAUGAUACUGCGGUCUGCCACCCAGUUUCCUUGCGGCACUAAGUGUUGCGUACAGUUCACGUGUUUGUGACGAGUCGAAGGAUUCCGCUUUAAACGGAGUGUCUCCAAAUACGUAAAAUGUAACGAGUUGCACAACGUUCGUCUGAGAAUACUGAUUCUGUUACAUUCGACUGAUCUAAAUGCACUAAACUAUACCGAAAUUUCACGUAGUGUGAGGAUUAUCUGAAGAAGAUAUUAGAAUGUAGUGUAAAGCCACGAGCAAAAUGUAAGGACUUUACAUCAAAGCGUAGACUAUAGCUGUGAAAGCCAGAGGGUAGUGCUUGCUGAUAACUAAAUGGAGAUGUGUCUUCUGAGGACCAAAUCAUACAGUAAAAACUGGUAGCACCGGGGUAGUACAUUGAUCUUUUAGAUUAAUUUGUCAGAAUAAAGAUACCCGCUUUCCAGUCAAAGCUAGCAUCUGUCUUCGUAACAUUCAGGCAAAAUUACUUCACCUAAAAGGUAGUUUAUUAUUAUAGAACAAUAUCUUUCAACUUGCUACAACUCCCGUGAAUUCUUCGAACGUCCCAAGAGGUUUCUGAAGCGUUCGCAUUGCAGUGAGAUUCAAAAUAAUGUGCAGCACUAAAUAGAUGGAUGUUAAAAUCGUUCGAUAUGUAUUAAUAUUAAGUGUUGAUGCUAAUAAACUUUCUUUAGUUUUAUUUCGCCUACGGUAUGUGACUAACACGCUCGUGAAGUAGGACAUUUUUGCUAAGGGAGUAAUUCUAUGUGCCAUAUUAAAAUAUUGUAAGUGGACUUAAAAAUCCAUUACUCGAUUUUUAUUCGACAGGCUUUCUUGAGCCGAUGGAUGUUUCAACAUCUCGUUUUUCCAGGCAAUAUGCCGAUUUCCUCGGUAGAGCACAGAUUCAGUUCAAGACUGAUUAAAUGUAUGCGGAUACAGUAUAGAUUAGUGGCUGUUUGCUGUUUAGAACAUUAACGUGUCUUUACGAGUACGGUAUUUAUCGAUACUAAAGCUUUACGUUAGAAGACGAAUUAUGUAAGAUAAAUGAAAUACACGGUAUUGUUGGAGUAACCUAGUUAUAGAUACAGCCGCGAUCACCUGUAGAAUUAACAUACAACUGAAAUUUCGGUAACUGAAAAUUUUCCUCUUAUGUUCGCUCACUACAGCUUUGAGAUAAUUCAUUUACCUUUCUUAUCUAAAUAGUAUGGUAAAUAAUUGUAUUUUUGUUGUAUUACCGACGAGAUUUCUAAAUAAAUAAUUUUAUAUAAAA